AUGGACGGGGGCGGAGAUCCGGAGAGGCAACAGGCCCUGCAACAGUACAAGGACAAGUUACUAGAGUCAAGAGAAUGGGAGUCGAAAUUGAAAGCCCUACGGAUGGACAUAAAAGGUCUCCAAAAGGACUUCGAAACUACAGAGGAAAACAUCAAAGCCUUACAAAGUGUCGGUCAAAUCAUCGGAGAAGUGCUAAAACAACUGGAUGAGGAGAGAUUCAUUGUCAAAGCAUCCUCAGGUCCGCGGUAUGUCGUCGGUUGCCGAUCCAAAGUCGACAAAGCCAAGCUGAAGCAAGGCACGCGAGUGGCACUUGACAUGACCACCCUCACGAUCAUGCGCAUGCUUCCUCGAGAAGUCGACCCUCUAGUCUACAACAUGUCAUUAGAAGAUCCGGGCCAGGUAUCCUUCGCUGGCAUUGGUGGCCUAAAUGAACAGAUACGAGAACUACGAGAAGUCAUUGAACUCCCGUUGAAGAACCCGGAGCUCUUCUUGCGGGUCGGUAUCAAGCCUCCCAAGGGUGUCCUACUCUAUGGUCCACCAGGAACUGGAAAAACAUUAUUGGCAAGAGCAGUUGCUAGCAGUUUGGAUACAAAUUUCUUGAAGGUGGUGUCAUCUGCAAUUGUCGACAAGUACAUUGGCGAAUCUGCUCGAUUGAUCCGUGAAAUGUUCGGUUAUGCAAAGGAACACGAGCCAUGCAUCAUCUUCAUGGACGAAAUCGAUGCUAUUGGAGGUCGUCGUUUCAGCGAAGGAACAUCCGCCGACCGAGAAAUUCAGAGAACGCUGAUGGAGCUGCUGAACCAAUUGGACGGUUUCGACUAUCUCGGGAAGACUAAGAUCAUCAUGGCCACCAACCGACCUGAUACUCUCGAUCCAGCUCUGCUCCGAGCAGGUAGAUUGGACCGAAAGAUCGAGAUCCCUCUACCCAACGAGGUAGGCAGACUGGAAAUCCUCAAAAUCCAUGCUGCCGGGGUGGUGACUGAGGGCAACAUCGACUUCGAAAGUGUUGUCAAGAUGAGCGAUGGACUCAACGGUGCCGAUCUGAGGAACGUAGUGACCGAGGCUGGCCUGUUUGCUAUCAAGGAUUACCGAGACGCAGUCAACCAGGAUGACUUCAACAAGGCAGUCAGGAAGGUGGCUGAGUCCAAGAAACUUGAGGGCAAGCUAGAGUACCAGAAAUUGUAA